UCGCUCACUCUCUCUCUCUCUCUCUCUCUCUCUCUCUGACGUCCGCCAUGGCGACCGCAGAAAGUCUCUUCUCCGGUCCGAGCAGCAGCUAAAAAAAAAAAAAAAAAGUCACCUGGACUUGCGUGACCGUGUACCUUUGGCCCGCCCAUGUAACCCACUCGGCCGGGGAACCCAAAGGUGUGGAAUUUUAACAAGACGCAUUUCCAAGGGGGAAAACGGGGUGGGCAGUAAGCAGCGCAGGGCAACAUGGCAGAUCCCGACCCGGCGCCCGUAACGUCGAGAGCAGGGCACCGUCUCGGAGCCCCGGAGACUCUUGGCAUCAGUACACUAGACCCGGCUCACAGACCCCCGGCCAUGCCCGCCGGAAGGCAUGUCACCGUCAGGGUCCAUAUGUUGGAUGACACAGAGGAGCUCUUUGACAUCUCGGUCAAAGCUUCAGGCAAGGUGUUAUUCGACCUGGUGUGCACCCACAUGAAUCUCAUCGAGGGCGAUUACUUCGGCCUGGAGUUUCAGAACCAUCAAAAGAUGAUGGUUUGGUUGGAUCCUAUCAAGCCUAUUAUCAAACAGCUGAGACGACCGAAGCACACGACGUUGCGGUUUGCUGUGAAAUAUUUUCCUCCAGACCAUGCCCAGCUGCUGGAGGAGCUGACUCGGUAUCUAUUUGCCCUCCAGAUCAAACAGGAUCUUUCCAGCGGGCGUCUGACCUGCAAUGACACAAGUGCUGCGCUGAUGGUCUCCCACAUUAUGCAGUCUGAGAUUGGUGACUUUGAGGAAAGCCAGUGUCGGUCACACCUCCUAAAUAAUAAGUACAUCCCUGAUCAGAUGCCCUUGAUUGACAAGAUGAUGGAGUUCCACUCAAUGAAUAUUGGUCAUACACCGGCCGAAUCCGACUUCCAGUUGCUAGAAGUGGCACGCCGGCUGGAAAUGUAUGGGAUUCGUCUCCACCCAGCAAAAGACCGCGAAGACUCGCGUCUAAGCCUUGCUGUGGCACACACGGGCGUCAUGGUCUUUCUGGGACACACGAAGAUAAACUCCUUCAACUGGUCUAAAGUACGUAAACUGAGCUUCAAGAGGAAACGUUUCCUUAUCAAGCUGAGGGCUGAUGGAAAUAGUUCAUAUCAAGACACUCUGGAGUUCCUGAUGGCCAGCAGAGACUGUUGUAAACUCUUCUGGAAGAUCUGUGUUGAAUACCAUGCCUUCUUCCGACUCUUUGAGGAACCCAAACCCAAGCCCAAGCCUGUGCUGUUCACACGAGGCUCCUCUUUCAGAUUCAGCGGCCGCACGCAGAAGCAGGUGAUUGACUUUGUGAGGGACUCCGAGUUUAAAAAACUCCCAUUCGAAAGGAAACAUAGUCGAGUCCAACACAACAGCCGCCUGUCUCCUUUGCCUUCUCCACGCUACCAAAAAGUGCCAAAAGAAAGUGGUGCUCUCGGGGACAGAGUUGACGCUCCUUCGCAGCACCACUGGAAGGAGUCGGCGCUGGUGAGUUCACAAGAAACACCCGAAGCUCCAGUGAGCCCGGCUCACCAGAACAAUGGCCAUGAGGACAAAUCGCCACCUGGGAAUGCGGAAGCGAGAGACUUGACUCGGCCGGCUCACCUUGAACAUCUGGCAACAGGAGCACUGACUAACAGUCCGUACCUGUUCACUUCCUCCGAACACGGUCUGCUUAAUGGCCAGACGUCUCUGGAGGUGGGCAGUCACAGUCCCGACGUCCGGCAACCUUCGCCUCUCACCAGCCCACUCCUCAACGAUGCCUGCAGCAUUCGCACUGAUGAUGAAGACGAGGUGCGCCGUAAGAGGUUCCCGACAGACAGGGCCUACUUCAUCGCCAAGGAACUGCUGACCACAGAGAGGACGUACGUCAAGGACCUGGAGGUGGUGACCGUGUCUUUCCAGAACGCCGUAGGACAAGACGAGGACAGUACGGACUCUCUCAAGAAGGCUGUUUUCUCCACUCUUGAGCCGCUGCACAAGUUUCACACGGGUUUUCUCAGGGAGGUGGAGCAGAGGCUGGCUUUGUGGGAAGGGCGAUCUAAUGCUCACAUUAAAGGAGACUACCAGCGCAUUGGAGAUGUCAUGCUGAAGAGCUUGCAAGGCUUGAAGCCACUGACAGCCAACCUACAUAAGCAGAGUGACAUCCUGACGGAACUGGAGAAGGCGUGCAGGACGUCACGUAGGUUAGAAGGCCUGUGCCGGGACUUUGAGCUUCAGAAGGUGUGCUACGUGCCCCUAAACAUCUUCAUCCUGCGGCCUCUGCACCGCCUCGUGCACUAUAAGCACAUCCUGGAGCGUCUGUGCAAACACUACCCGGCGACACAUGUGGACUUCAGGGACUGCAGAGCUGCUCUGGCCGACGUGUCCGAGGUGGUAGAGCAGCUCCAGGGCAGCAUCGUGAAGAUGGAAAACUUCCAGAAACUGUUGGAGCUGAAGAAGGAUCUGAUUGGUGUAGACAAUCUUGUUGUUCCUGGUCGGGAAUUCAUCAGGUUUGGCUGCCUUAGCAAACUGUCUGGAAAAGGCCUACAGCAACGAAUGUUUUUCUUGUUCAACGACGUCAUUUUGUACAGCAGUCGAGGGAUGACGGCAACCAACCAGUUCAAAGUUCACGGACAGCUGCCGCUCCAUGGCAUGACAAUCAGAGAGAGUGAAGAUGAGUGGGGUGUUCCUCACGCCUUCACUUUGGUCAGCCAGCGGCAGUCAGUGGUGGUAGCAGCCAGUUCUUUGUCAGAAAUGGAGAAGUGGAUGGAGGAUAUUGAGAUGGCUGUAGAAAUGGCAAAAAACAACAACGGGCCUUCAUCUAACCUGAUGAGCUGCAUGUUGACUGACAGCAAAUUCCCAGAGGAGUUCUCAAAGGAGGCGGAGUCCGAAGACGACACGACGGCGUCGCACACCUCCCCGGAGAGGGUCACCCCUCACCGCGGUAACACCAUGGUGCACGUGUGCUGGCACAGGAACACCAGCGUGGCCAUGGUGGAUUUUAACAUAGCCGUGGAGAACCAGCUUUCGGGAAAUCUACUCCGAAAGUUCAAGAACAGCAAUGGCUGGCAGAAGCUGUGGGUGGUCUUCACCAACUUCAGCCUGUUCUUCUACAAGUCCCACCAGGAUGAUUACCCUCUGGCCAGCCUUCCCCUGCUGGGUUACUCUGUGACCAUUCCGUCCGAGUCGGAGAACAUCCACAAGGACUACGUCUUUAAACUGCAUUUCAAGUCCCACGUCUACUACUUCCGGUCAGAGAGUGAAUACACCUUCGAAAGGUGGAUGGAGGUGAUCCGCAGUGCAACAGCCCCCUCCAGUCACGCUCGGGAGCAGAACAACAAGGAGUCCCACACUCAUUGAGCUGGACUCCGUCCUCUCUUCACACACAUGUGACAUCCCUCCGUGUGUCCGUGCACAAACUGGUGCUUUUUUACUGUUCUAAUGGUGACAUGUCCGCUGGUUUCGACUGCAUCAGAGACUGCAUUUCUUCUUCAGGCAUUUUUACAGCUCAAAUCUGAAACCUUUUUACAGGAUGUCAUUUUAUACUGUUUUCUAAUAAUCACACCCACUUCCUAUUCCUCAUUGUGCCCCCCCCCCCCGCCCCCCUUUGUUUUUACCGUAGAAACUUGUCUGUAUACUUUCUUUGAUGGCCUUUUUUGUCAUUCACUUUGCAAGAAACUUCACUUGUGGUGCCAAACAUUUAUAUCACACUCCUUGACUUUGU